AUGUCCCUAAGCACCAAUACCUCUAGUUCCGUUCCUAAUCCCCGUCCAAGGGCCAAGCAAGCCUGUCUGCCUUGUCGCAGGAAGAAAUCCAAAUGCCCCGGCCAGAGGCCCGUAUGCGCCCACUGUGCACGAUUACGACAACCGUGCUCGUAUGACGAUCGUCGCGCAGUUGGCCUCAGUCUGCCCAAGAGACAGGUAAUAUCACAGGAAUUGAGUGACGCACAAACCAGUCUUUCUAUAAACCGUGCUCCAGCAACACCAGAGCUCCCCCUCACUAGGCUAGCCCUGCCGCCCUGGGUCCAAGUCUCAGAGAUCGCGCAAUUGUACUUGCAAUGGGUGGAGUCGCAGCCCUUCCCACUAUUCCACCAUGACACCUUCCUCAGCACUCUCCAGACCCGGGAUAUGGGGCUUGUCUAUGCCUUGCUUGCGGUGGCGGGGCGCUUCUCGCCCCAUCCGGAGCAUCCUGGCGGAGAGGAGGUCUAUGCCGGAUACAGGCAGAUCGCUCAUCGGCUGGUUAUGGAGCAUAUCCUCAGCGGGGACGUGGUUCUUUGGACGUUGCAGACUCUCGUCCUGCUUGCUACGGCUGCAGGGCUCGAUGAUGAUAUUAAGCGCUUGCAUUCCUACAUAUCACUGCUCGUCUCCUGGGAGCAUGUAAUACCCUGCUCGACGCGCCCGCCUGGACGGGCAGGGCUCGAGUACGACGACGAAGCUCUUCGAUGCCGUUGGAGCAUUGUCCUUCUACAGAAGUUCUACUGGACAACCACACAUACUAUGAGCGAUUUCUUGACCGAAGAUGCUCGCCUACGCGAGCACGCCCCACGGCUUUUCCCCAGCAAAGUCAGCCCGACCCCUUCACCCGAGGAGUAUCAGUACGCAGACCAAGGGAUCAUGAUGGCGGUCAUCCAUCUAAGUGAAGUCUGGUCCCAAGCACGGUCGUACGUCCGCAGCCGUGGACACGCCAACCCCGACCCCCCGCCGUGGUCGUACAAGUCCGCAUAUUCCCAGCGGAUGUCACUGCUGCUCCAGAUCGGGGCCAGCUUGCCCUCCUUCCAUCGAUAUGCAGUGGUCAACCCCGAGGCUCAGAACCCGGAAGACAUCAACGCAGACCGGGAGUACUGGGCGCCGUGGUUUCUGAGUCGGUUUCUGUACCACACCACUGUCUGCCUCCUCAACCACCCGCUCCUGGUUAUGCUCUGUGCUCGAGAGACAGGGCCCGUGCCGGAGAUCCAUCUGCAACAGACCUCCUCGCUCAUCACCCACCACACACGCUGGAUCUCCGACCUCUUGAUUCUCCUCGAAGAGAAAGCUUUUAGGAUUACUGAUCCCAUUGUGGGGUACUGCGCUGCCAUCGUGGCCACCAUCGAGCUCCAGCUCCAAUACACCGGGUCGACAGAUGAGCGCGCAAGUAAGAAGCAGCGACUGCAGCGCUGCAUCGAUAUGGUCGAGCAGCUCGGGGCGAUUUGGCCUGCGCUGCGUAGACUUUCCAUUUCCCUCCACCAACUCAUCCACGACACCGCAACAGCCUACCAACAAAGCACCCACCACAACACGGAGUUCCGCGUCCGACUGUCCGGCUUCUGGGAGGUUCUCGAGUUCCCCACCUCCGCUGCUGCAACAACAACAACAACCCCGACCCAGUCCUGCAAAAGCGAUCACCAGCGCUCAUUCCAGCCAGCAUCCCAACCAUCUCAACAACAACCGGAACAAGACCCCGGGCUUUCCCGACUCGAGUACCCCUACCGAGUGACGCGAUCUCGUCAACGGACCGGGCAGAAACGUUACCGAGCCACAGAACCGAAUCAGGUUUUGCCCUCCGCCUCGAUUAAUGCUGCUGGUGCCGUGCCGACUGUGUACAACAAUACCAGCUUCAUCGCUAUCCCGGAUCCUCUGGCCCUGUCCCCCACAGACCCGCUCUUCGGGCCGGAGUUCUUCGAGUUCGGGGCGCAGAUGGGUGGGGGGCAUUUUUGA